GGGGGGCGGGGCGGAGCGGAGGAGCAGAGGGCGCCGCCUGGGCGUCCCUGGGAAGCUGAGCGCCGCGUAGGCUUCCCUGGGGGGAGUGGGGUAGGCGCGGUGAGGCCGUAGACCCCCAGGCCUGGCGGACCACAGGGGCCAGAAGUCCUGGAGCCCCGCCAGGGAAGGGCUGCGUCGCCGGCCAGGACCGAGCGCGGUAGAGCCUCAGCUACUCACGGGGUCGCUGGAGUUGGGGGUGGCCCCAGGAGAAAUUAAAGGUGAAAAGCCUUAGUAGCAGAGGGAAGAGGAAGAUGGAGGCAGAGCGAGUGACCGAACUUGGAAGGGACAGCCGGGCGCAGCAGGGCAGGGGGCGUCUGACUGUUGGAAACAUGGCUGACGUCUGGAGGCUGCAGCCUGUGGUCCCUAAGUCAGGUCAGAGACCCACAGAAGACCCCAGCAUGUCUUCAUCUGGCCCACAGAAGCCCUGACACCAAGUUACAACUGCCCCAGCCUAAUGAGCAUUUCGGCACCCACUCCUCAAUUCCUACCCCCAGCCUAACUUCGAAGAGGCCGUGAGCCACAGCAAGCCGGAGGAGAAAGUUGGAAGAGAGAGUGGACAAAAGAACACCCACAGGCACCUUCCCCCCAGUGGAAUAGCGGGGUUUUAGACAAUCAAGGAUACUCACCUCUUCCUAUCCCAGUUCAGAAACGAAUGAAAAAGACACAGCAAUAAGAUGGGUGGGUAUCAAAAUAUCAGCCUUGCCACAAAUUAAAAAGCUAGCUUGAAGGACAAGGCUUAAAUCUGCAAGCAAGAGGGCAAGCUACUAAAUCACCUGUAAGUCAGACAAACGUAUCCCCCAGCCUCUAGGCCAUGAAACUGCCUCACCAAGCACUAUGCAAUUGAGUGCCCACCAGAAGACACCCCUCCAGUCAACCCACAGACCCCAUAAAGAGUACCCAGAGGAGCCUGAGCACACUCCACCCUAUCUGUUCUCUGAAAUUCAAUCAAAUGAGUCAGUCUACUUCUUUGGAAGCAGGAAGAGGCUGGAAGUUUUUCUCCAGAUAAGUUCCUCCAUGUAGAAACAUGAAGAAUAGGAAUAAGGGCUUCAGCCUGGAUGGAAUCUCACACUGAACCUGUCGAAUCUAGGUGAGGGAAGAGGUUUCAGUUGGAGAAGAGUUUGAGUUUUGAUAUUUUAAUGUACUGGACUUUUUAUGAGUAAAAUAACCCGCUCUUUUUAAUGUCUGAAAGAAAAGAAAAAGCUGUAAACUACGUCUGAGAAUUGACAUAGUUAAGCUUCUAGGGGCAGUCAUGAGAAAAAACACUGUUCCUAUCUGCUUGCAUACUACUGCAUCCAGCUUGUUCAUUAAGCCAGAUACAGAAGGCUCUGAGGAUUUUGGCCUCAACAACUGGGUAUAUGGUGGUGGUCAUUUACUGAAACAGAGGUGUCUUUUACUUAUUUAUUUAGUGACAGGAUCUCAGUCUGUCACCCAGGUCGGAAUGCAGUGGCACAAUCAUUAGCUCACUGCAGCCUCAAAUUCCAGGGCUAAGUGAUCUUCCGGGCUCAGCCUCCUGAAUAGCUGGGACUACAGGCCUGUGCCACCACACCUGGCUAAUUUUUUUUAAGUUUGGUAGAGACACGGGGUCUCGCUAUGUUGCCCAGGAUGGUCUCAAACUCCUGGCCACAAGGAAUCCUCCCACUUCAGCCUCCCAGAGUGUUGGGAUUAUAGGCAUGAGCCACUGCAUCUGGCCUAAAAUAGGGAAAGUUUGAUUGGAGAGUUCAGAUUAAAGUGGGGACAAGUUAUACUAGAGAUGCUUAUUAGGCAUUCAAGUGAAAUAUUGAGUAGGCUGGCAUUCAGGAGAGAAGAUAAUGCUAGAGAUAGGAAUUUGGGAGUCAUUUGCUUUCAGGUAGUACUUGAAAUCAUGAGAUUGGACAAGAUGAAUUAGGAAAUGCACAUAAAAAAGAGAAAUUCUAGGAUGAGCCCUGGGGCACCAACCUUUUCCAGUAUAGAGGAAUGACCAGAGAGAGGUGGAAAACCAGAGGAAUAUGAAGUGAUAAUAUAAGUGAAGACAUGGUGAUCUUUGCUGAGGCUUUGAAGGGAUUGCAAAAUGAAGACAAUUUAUUAUUGGAUGCAACAAAACAAUGUAUUGGUGACUGACAAGAGCUAUCUCAGGAGGCAUGGGGAGAAAAGCCUAAUGGCAGAAUUUUGAAAGAAAUUUUCAGUUAAACAUGGCAGACUGAGCAUAAACAUUAACCUCCAUUUCCUGCCCAAACCCGACUCACAUAAAGUAAUAAAAGACCAAAAAAAACCCCACAAAGAAUGGGAGAGGAGACACUAGUAAGCAAGAGAAGUCAACAAAAUUAUAGAGACUGGGAAUGGAUGGAGAAGUGAUAACUGAGCCAGAGAAAGUUGAGACUUACGUUUGUGGGUGAAGCCAACAAGAGACCAUUCCUGCCAGCAAAUACCAGGAAGGUGCAGAAAUUGGAAUAACUAGUGGAAAAUUUUUGUGAGGAACAGUGUGACCAUAGAUCCCCUCUCCUACUUGGGUGGAGGAAGUCUGUAGUAGUUGAAUCAGAGUAGGUGUUACCUCAAGCAUGAGGCAUAGCUGAGGACCACUGAAAGCAGACGGAUUGAGUUAAAGCCUACACAUGUGGGUCCAGGCUCACUUCUCCCACUCAGCCAGAUAGCAUGAGAUAGUGGGAGGAUCCCUCUGGAGCAGCUGGCCCACAAGAGGAGUCCUGCAAAUACUGGCAACUAUGACGUAGUAGAAAAACCUAUUAGCUGGCAGACUGUACCCACUGACAGUUUCCAACAAGCUCCUUAGAGCCCCAUCAUCAGCAUGAGCCAGACAUUUGGGGAAAACAGUGCAACAUUACCUCCAGCCAUGCAAGUGAUCCAUCUUGGACCACUGACGCAGUCAAGCCUUCAGAUGACUAUAACCUCAGCCAAUACCUGACUGCAGCUGCAUGAGAGAUCCCAACAGAAAGCUGCCCAGCUGAAUCCUCCUCAAAUUUAAGCUACUGUAUUUGGGGUAAUUUGUUCAAUAGCAAUAAAAAACUAGAAAAAAGGACUACAAAGUGCCCAGCACAAUAAAUUGGGCAGGGGUUGGGGAGGGAAUGGGGAGGCAACAUAUGACGUAAUGUCGUUGAGAAAUUUGAGAACACCAGGAAUAGAGGUGAUCUCAAAAAUUUAUGGCAACAAAGAAAAAACACAAAGGAAUGAUUUCUAGUCUAAAAUUCUAUUCCUAUUCAAAUGAUGAAUCAAACAUAAGGAUAGAUAAGUCCAAAAAAAAAAAGAAAGCCAUUUCUUUACUCUCACAACAUCCUUUUGGCACCAGAUGUAGAGAAUUUCUCCCCACCGACAAGCAAGCAUUCAGCUGUACAGCAGACACCAGCUGGGUAUCCGCUUCAAUCCUGCACCGUCUACCUGGAGAUAGCAGCAGAUCACACAAGUUGAGGACUCCGUGCCACAAGACUGAGCCCCAUGUCCAGUGUCAAUCACAAGCCCCAGGUUGUUUUACCUGUCCUGGGUUCCCAAGACCCCCUCCUUGGCUUUAAUUUACAAGAGCAGUUCACAGAACUCAGGGAAACACACGUUUAUUACAAGGCUAUUUUAAAGGCUACAUAUAAACAGCCAGAUGAAAAGAUACACAGGGUGAAGCCUAGAAGAGUCCCAAGAGCAGGAGCUUCUGUCUGCAAGGAGUUGGGAAGUGCCAUUCUCCCAGCAUGUGGACAUGUUCUUGUCCACCUUCCUGGAAGCCCCCACACAUUUGGCUAUCCACAAGCUCUCUGAACCCUGUCCUUUUGGGUUUUUAGAAGGCCUCAUUACAUAGGCAUGAUUGAUUAAAUCAUUGCCCAUUGGCGAUCAACGUCACUUUCAGUCCCUCUCCCCCAACCUCUGGGAGUUUGGGGGGUGGGCUGAAAGUUUCAACCCCUCUAAUCAUGCCCUGGUCUUUCAGAUGACCAGUCCCUAUCCUGAAGCUACAUAGGAGCUGUCCGCCAUCAGUCAUUUUACUAGCAUACAAAAAGACAUCACUUUAGAGAUCCCAAGGAUUUUAGGAGUUGUAUAUCAGAAGGCAGAGACAAAGACCAAAUAUAUAUUUGAUAAUAUUACAGUAGAAAUAAAGACAUUUUAGAUAUUCAGGCUCAGAAGGCUACUAAAGGACAGGCUCCAUCAAGAAGAGAAAACCAAGGAAGAGGAAAAUAUGAUUCAGAAUCCAGGAAAUGUCCAAGUUAUGGCAAGAAGACGGGGUUCCCAGAGGAACAUCUCGAAGAGAAAGUGGAGCGUAUUACCUGAUGCACAUGACUUUGUUGGGAAGAGCUUUACACUUAGGGCAGCAACUUUUGGGUAAAGUAGUGACAAGAGCGUAGAAAACCAAGCAAAUGAGAAAAACAAUGUAAUUAACUCCAGGAAAAAUCAAAAGCUGUACCUAAAGGAAAUGUAAUCAUAAACCAAUAAAGGGCUCAACAGGAAAUGGUAAACAUACAGUUAUACUAAACUGUGAAUGCAGGUUUCAGCCAAUAUUAAACUGCUUAGGGAGACUAAUAGGAGAGGAAAUGUGGGUGUUGAGGGUGGGGGUGAUAAUAUGUCGUGGGAAAGACAGUGUAAGAGAAGCUAACUCCUCUUCCAUUGUAGGAAGUCAACAAUGUCAAGUCAAGAUUAAGAAAUAGCAUUAUUUAAGUCUUUACAUGAAGUUAAUCACUAAAGAUCCCUGAGUUGAGUAGUGUGUGUUUGGAGAAGCAGGGAUUGAUUUAGUGGAGGAAGAGGUUCUCUUCUUAGUGCUGUUGUUUUCUCAGUGAAAUAAGGACAUGAUCUAAGAAUGUUGGAGGUUUGAAGAGAAUGAGAAGACAUGAAAUAGAGUCUGGGGAUGCAGGAUUACAGUCAGGAGAUGCUGAGUGCCAGUUUAAGAUUGGUGGUCAUACACAACACCACCAAGUCUAUUAAUACCUCUUUCUGUAUCUGGCUCAGAUCUUAUCCCCUCUUCACACUAAUUGCUAGCAAACUCAGGCUUAUUCCCUUUGAAUUUCACCUGGAUGGCUGCAGCACUCACCUCUCAAGAUUCCUGCCCUACAUGCCAUUUUUAAAAGAAAAUGUGACCAGAUCACUUCUCUGCCUAAUCUUCAACAACUGGUUCUCACAGCUCUCAGAAGAAGGUGACAAGAAUCUCUGACCUCACCCUGCUGGCCUGUUCCCCUCACUUGGCCACACAACCAAGCUGGUAUCUCCAAGCUUUCAUCAUGUCCUCUCAAGUACACUGUCCCCAGCUACACCCCUGCACUCCUGUCUGGGAAUUCUGCUUUCUCCUCUACCCAGCCAGACCCUGUUCCAUCCUGUUUUUUCCGUGCUACCAAUUCAGGUCCACACCUCAUGCACAUUCUCUGAGAAUUAUGUACAUAAAUACCUGACUCUCCUGGAUGUAAGCUGGGUGGGCUUAGCAGGCAGAGGCCCUGUGUCUUACUUUAUCUCUGCAUCACUGAUGUCUGGCACAUCAAGGACUGCAAGUUUGCUGAGAGAAUGAAUCACCUGUUAUACAUGGAAAUGUAAGCUCCAAACUGCCUCAGAGCAUAUGCUGGUGGGUGACAAUCUGAGGUCAUGAAUAUAGGAGAAUAUUGAAGAGGUCACACAGGGGAAACAACUUUUCAUUAUGAAAAACUGGGCCUUUUCCUCAGCUGCCGCCAAGGUGCUCGGUCCUUCCGAGGAAGCUAAGGCCGCGUUGGGGUGAGGCCCUCACUUCAUCCGGCGACUAGCACCGCGUCCGGCAGCUCCAGCCCUACACUCGCCCGCGCCAUGGCGUCCGUCUCCGAGCUCGCCUGCAUCUACUCGGCCCUCAUUCUGCACGACCAUGAGGUGACGGUCACGGAGGAUAAGAUCAAUGCCCUCAUUAAAGCAGCCGGUGUAAAUGUCGAACCUUUUUGGCCUGGCUUGUUUGCAAAGGCCCUGGCCAACAUCAACAUUGGGAGCCUCAUCUGCAAUGUAGGGGCCAGUGGACCUGCUCCAGCAGCUGGUGCUGCACCAGCAGGAGGUCCUGCCCCCUCCACUGCUGCUGCUCCAGCUGAGGAGAAGAAAGUGGAAGCAAAGAAAGAAGAAUCCGAGGAGUCUGAUGAUGACAUGGGCUUUGGUCUUUUUGACUAAACCUCUUUUAUAACGUGUUCAAUAAAAAGCUGAACUUUAAAAAAAGAAAAA